AAUAUGAAGCCAUGGAGAAUUGCAAUAGUUGUUUUAUUAGUCAUUUCUGUACAAUUUCUAUCAUUGGAAUAUUUUCAGACAAUAACAUUACUUCAUUUUGGAAAUGACAUUUCCCCGGUCACAAGAGCACCAGAGGACUUCGUUAUCCCCGAAAUUACGGAGCUAAAGAAUAUGUCAGAGCAACGUUUGAUGCAAAUUUACUUGAAGUACAUCAACAGUCUACAAGUGUUGUGUAAAAAUGUGAUUCGGGUCGGAAGUCUGUCUGCCGGAGGAAAGGAAAUCUGCAUUGAUGAACAAUACAAACCAAAGCCUCCAUGUCUAGUGUAUUCGUUUGGAAUAAAUAACCAGUUUGACUUCGAUGAAGAUAUCAACAGACUGUUUGGGUGUGAUGUAUUCUGCUUUGAUCCGAGUAUAAAAACGAAGAGCUUUCGGAAGGCAGACCAAAUCUGGUUCUACAACUGGGGACUAGGUGGAGAAAAUACACGCAAUGAGUUAGGGUGGCAGAUAAAAACAGUGGAUGUAAUUAGAAAGGAGCUGAAUCAUACAAAUAGGCCUAUCGACAUAUUAAAGAUUGACAUAGAAGGGGAUGAGUGGUACAGUAUUCCACAGAUGAUCUCAUCCGGGGCUCUUGAUGACGUCAAACAGAUUUCCAUGGAAACACACUUCAUUUCCAAAACGCCAGGAGGACAGUUAUGGGGCAGCCAUCCCAUACCUCCAGCUGACGAGUUAUAUACUUUAAGACUUUUGUAUGAUAAGGGAUUUCGAAUUUGCAUGAGGGAAAGAAAUUUGUAUAGUAAGAUGACGUGGCCAGGUUUUAAUAAUAGCAUUACAAAUGUCAAUGAAUUAACUUUAAUCAAAUCAAUGAAAUAA